AUGGAUAACUUCAGUCUAUGGGGUGCUGCGAUCGUCGUAAAAUCGCCUGCUGUGCGCAAUGCCACCGAAGCAGAGUACGAGCAAUCCACGACCAACGUCCCCAUCCAUUAUGUUGAAGCCAAAAAAAAUGUCGCGCAAAGCCCAACCGCGGAGAACCGUGAGCGACUAAGCAUUCUCGAGUAUGGGUACAAGAUCCAAGACAUCUAUACAAAGGGUAAAGCCAUCUUUUCUUCCAUGACGAACAAGGGAUAUCACAAAUAUGAGUACAGCAGGCCGGUCGACUGCUACGACCCCCAAAAGGCCAUCGAGGACCCUACCUUGAUCUUUGACGACAAAACACUCUCCAUUGCUGACUACAAGAAGCUCAAAGCCACGUACGGAGAGGAGAUGAGGAAAGAGGCGGCAAAGCUCCUUGUUGCUGUCCGAAAAGGAGAACGCGUGCCCAUCAGGACCCGUAUCUUCCUCUUCGACGAUUCCGUCACCGUCGACGACUUUGUGAUGAAUAAGACCCAGCAGUACGUCACCUUGCGAACAACUCGGAAGCACACGUUUCGCAACGGGGUAUCUCGUCACCAGUUCUUCACUCUGCCUGGCUUCUCCAACCAGCUUCUUUUCGUGAACUGUGGCGAGGGAGAGUCCGAGGUUCCUUUCUUCGGCCCCAUUAACAACCGCGUCGCAUCUCCAGCGAUUCAAUUGGCUCAAGAGCACAUUGUUCUCUUCGAUAGAUCAGAAAAGGCAACCAAGCGGGUGGGGGAGGACCUCUUCGCGUUUCGUGGAGGAAGAGCAAUAGGCAACCAAGAGUUUGGUGGACAAGAAGUUGGAAGAAUACAAGGCGAUCCUAUUUCCGUAUUUGAAGACAAUUCGCAUGCGAGAGCUUGCGACACAUCGGGACGAUCUCUGGAAGCAAGACCAGAAGUUGGAGGAAAUUCAGCAACGAAUCGAUCUAAUCAAAAAGGUGGAGAAGCUCACAACCGGGGAAAAGAAGGCGCUGGAGAAGAAGCUGCUAGAGAACGAGGAGAAGCUAUUGAGCAGACUGGGAUUGAGCGAACAAUGACGUAG